AUGAACCAGUCGCCGAUGCUCUCGUGUCCGCUCAAGCAGACCAACGAGAUUGAUUGGGUGCAGCCGCUGAAGGACUAUAUCCGCACCACCUAUGGCGAUGAUCCAGACCGGUACCAGGAGGAAUGUGCGAACCUGAGCCGAUUGCGCCAGGACAUGAGGGGCGCUGGAAAGGACAGCGCAUCCGGCAGAGACUUACUGUAUCGAUACUAUGGGCAACUCGAACUGCUGGAUCUCCGGUUUCCUGUUGAUGAGAACCAUAUCAAAAUAUCAUUUACAUGGUACGAUGCGUUCACACAGAAGCCGACGUCUCAGUAUUCUCUCGCGUUUGAGAAAGCGUCGAUUCUCUUCAAUAUCUCGUCCGUGCUAUCCUGCCACGCCGCGAAUCAAAAUCGGGCUGAUGACACUGGGUUGAAGACCGCAUUCCACUCCUUCCAAGCCUCUGCCGGCAUGUACUCGUACAUUAAUGAAAACUUCCUGCAUGCACCGUCGACAGACCUGAGCCGGACUACGGUCAAGACCCUCAUCAACAUCAUGCUAGCCCAGGCGCAGGAGGUAUUCUUGGAGAAACAAGUUGCAGAUAACAAGAAGCCUGCUGUUCUCGCCAAGCUCGCUAGCCAGUCUGCAUAUCUGUAUUCUCAGGCCGGGGAUACCGUACAGGAAUAUGUUGGAAAGGGCUUCUUUGAGAAAGUGUGGUCGUUUGUAAUACAAGCCAAAGCGUCGCAUAUGGCAUCGGUCGCGAGUUUCCACCAGGCCAACGCUGACUCGGAGAGUGGAUCAUAUGGAGUCGCGAUUGCCAGACUACAACUAGCCGAAAAGCUCUCUGCUGCGGCGGUAACCUGGGCCAAGUCGUUCCCUUCUUCGGUGCCUUCAAACUCGAACCUAACGGCAGAAGACGGAACUGGUUUGAUGGAACUAAUCAAAAGGCACCAGGCAAUUGUUAAAGAGAGUGUAUCGACAUUAAUCAAGGACAAUGAUUUUAUAUACCACCAACCCGUGCCUAAUGAAGCUGGUCUGACGGUUAUUUCCAAGCUGGCAGUUGCAAAAGCUAUACCAGUCAGCGAGUUAUAUCAAGGGCAAGAUAUUCAGCGGAUUAUUGGGCCGGAUAUCUUCCAGAAAUUGGUUCCAAUUUCUGUGACGGAGUCUGCGAGUUUAUACGAUGAAGAAAAAGCGAAACUGAUCCGGGCGGAAACAGAAAGAGCUGAGACGGCCAACGGAGAAAUGGCAGCUGGGUUGGACUAUCUCAAACUUCCUGCUAGCUUAAAUAUCUUAAAGGGGGGCAUGGAUCAAGAAGUAGCGGUUGAUGAGGAAUUCCGCAGGUGGUGUGAAGAAAUGGCCGAUCACAAGGGGUUCCACAAGACACUGGACGAGCUGCAAGACAGCAGAGCUAGCAUUGUUGAUUCUCUAGGUCAGUUCACAAGACAACUAGACAUGGAGGAAAGCGUGUGUGAGAAGAUGCGGUCGAAAUACGGCGCGGACUGGACACAACAGCCAAGCUCCCGGCUCACGUCGACUCUUCGCGGUGAAAUCCGGAGUCUACGAGACACGAUUAACGAGGCUGGAGCAAGUGACAACCAACUAAAUGCUACGUUAAGGCAAUACGAAGCAGACUUUGACGAGAUGCGGUCAGCGGGAGAGACAGACGAGGCCGAAGUGCUGUACCAACGUGCAAUGACCAAAGCUGGGUCAAAACAAAAGUUAAUCCGCAAUGGGCAUGCAAGCCCGUACUCACCUGGUGAAGGGACUCUGUUGGAUGAUGUCGACGAUGAGGGUAGCCUGUCAGUUGCGGAGCAGAUUCACAGGGUAGAGGAAUUGCUGAAGAAGCUCAACCUCGUCAAACGCGAACGAGCACAGAUAUUGAAGGACUUGAAGGAAAAGGUUCACGAGGACGAUAUAUCCAAUGUUCUCAUCCUCAACAAGAAAUCUCUUGGUAACGGACAGGAGCAGCAAUUAUUCCAAGCGGAACUGGAGAAGUUCCGACCAUACCAAAACCGCAUCGUCAAGUCAAAUCACACACAGGCAUCGUUAAUGAAAGAGCUCACAAGGACAUAUGGCGACCUCCUGCAGGACAAACGGGUUCGUUCAGAGCAGUCCAAAUACGAGACCAUCACUCGACAACGGAACGCAGUAAUGGCGCGAUACAAGAAAAUCUACACGGCGUUUCGAGAUUUGGUGUCCGGAGUUGCUCAGGCACAGAAGUUUUACAGUGAGAUGCAUGAAACUGUAGACAACUUGCGCAAGAACAUCGACACAUUUGUUAAUAAUCGCCGGUCUGAGGGCGCGCAAUUGCUCAGUCAGAUUGAAACUGACAAGACUAGCAAUGCAUCGGGGCAAGAAGACCGAGAGCGAGAAAAGCUGAGGCAGCUGAUGGAGCGGUUGUCAACAGAGCCGACGGGGAGAUCAUCAUCACCAACCAAACAGCAGCAGCAACAACAACAACCACUACCACGACCCCAGCCUCCGGUCAAGACAGCAUCUCAUACGAUGCCCAGUGGCACGAAAUCGCCAUCACCUCGAUAUCACAAUGCCACACCGGCACCAGCAGUGGCACCCCCACCAUCGCAAUCCCCAGCUCCCUUCGGACAAUACGCAGCACCCAACUCAAUGGCAGGAUAUUACUCCAUGACGCCGCAGCCCUUCCAGCAGGGAGCAGCCACGCCUCUUUCGUCAGGAUACAAUCCCAUGGCCUACCCUUACCAAACACCGGUCUCACCACCUCCCAACCCUGCCGCGCUAGCAGCAUACUACCAACACCACGCACACCACCCAGGAACAUCAAGCACGCCGGUUCCCGUUCCACUAUCAUCAUACACAGGCUACCCCGGAAUACCAGCGACAGGAACACCUCACCCUCCUCCACCUCCACCUCCACCACAACCUUCUCAGACACCCCAAUUCAUUCCUACAGGCUACAUCCCCCCUCCCCCUCCCCCACGACCAUCAGAAACCCAAUAUCCGCCUUCAACCGGCGGCGCCUACCCCUCCGGUCCGGGCGGUUAUGCGCAAGCUCGACCAUACACAUCAAGUCAGCAAUAUCAUCAUCGCAAGACGUCUCAAUCGGGACAGGUACAGAAUAGUAGCGAUCCGUGGGCGGGGUUGAAUGUAUGGAAGUGA